AUGGUGAGCCGCGCUUCCCAUUCAGAUCCAGCGUUUCUCGCCAAGCUUGCUCGUCGCCAGCAAAUGAACUACGAUGCCAUGACUUUCUUUGCCGGGGCAAUGGCUAGCUUUUAUUUCACCAUCUGCAUAUUUCUCCUUCUUAGGAGACUCUGUGUUGAGACAGGUGCUUCGCGCAAACCAAGCAUCAUCACGGCGAUCCUUAGACACAUGAGAGCUUCAAGCCUUGGAAACAUCCCAGGAUUGCCAUCGGGAGGAUAUACGUUUGUCAUUCUCGGGUACCUCAUCAUCAAUGCUGUCGUGACUUUUACAUACUUGGACAAUGAGAACAUGCCGUUCCUAUCCAAUGUAGCUUCUCGAACUGGGUGGAUGGCCAUUGGCAACUUGCUUAUUGUCAUUCUCCUUUCUCUUAAGAACACGCCGGUCGUUAUUCUAAUAGCUUCAUCCUACGAGCGUCUCAACGUUCUCCAUCGCAUUGCUGGUUAUACUACCCUCAUAUUUGCCAUGGUACACGCAAGCACUUACACUGCCAUAUUCGGGGCUCAGAACUUUCUCGAACGUUUGCUUGCAAAGGAAGAAAUAUUUGGUAUGGUUGCGCUGAGCUCGUUUAUCGCACUUUCGUUCGCGGGCGCUGUCCUUCGGGCCUGGUGGUACGAGUUAUUCUACUACAUCCAUGUGAGUUUUUGGAUUCUCGCCAUUAUAAUGACCGGUCUCCACCAGCCAGAGCCCAGCAAGAAAGUCCUGUAUAUCGUCUGCGUUUCCGCCGGGAUCUGGACCAUCGGACGCAUUGUCCGCUGUGGGCGCCUGGUCGCCAACGGCGUGAACAAUACUGUCACACUCACGCCUCUUCCCAAUGGCGGGACUCGUGUAACGCUCGCAAAAACUCCUCUUGGGUCUACAUCCGGAAAACACGGCUUUCUUUGGGUUCCUGCUGUGCGCACGCUCGAGACUCAUCCGUUCACUAUGGUUGCAGUCAAUCCUCUGGAGUUUGUCGUCGCCGCUUAUGACGGAUUUACCCAAAAGUUGCAUGAUUGUGCGCUUCGAAACCCUGGGAUCAAGCUAAAAGCAUCAGUUGAAGGUCCUUAUGGUACUUUGCCUGAUAUGGGGUACGACAAGGUUAUGCUUAUAGCUGGAGGCAGCGGUGCUAGCUUUACAGUUGGUGCGGCUCUUGAUAUGCUCAAGAAGCUGGACAGGGAUGCAGAGGUCGCAAUUGAAUUCAUCUGGAUAAUUAGGAACCAAGAGUACCUCUCUUGGUUUGCCCGACAUCUCGAAACCCUGCACCAAGAUCACCGCGUCUCUACAAAAAUAUAUGUAACACGCGCUUCAGCAACCGAAAGUGUCCCCCAAAGACAGCACUCCACGUCUUCCAAUGCGUCUUCUAACAGCAAUUUCGUCGAUCCUGACCCAGAGAAAGAGAUAGUAACUCAGGCCAGUACCGCCACAACUGCUAGGCCAUCGCCUGACCUCGAGCAAGAUGGCAUCUCGUCGCCCACAUCUAUCACGACUCAUCCAUCCUUGGGUGACAACGUCGUUUUGUCCGGGAGGCCAGACGUUGCUUCUCUGAUCAAGGAGAGUAUAGAAAGCACGCCAUCGGACAAACGUGUGCUAGUCAUGGGCUGCGGGCCAAAAACACUAAUGUCAGCCGUUCAAAAUGCUACAGCUGAUGCUAUUAUGGACAACGGAGCGGGUGUCGAGUUGCAUCUGGAGAAAUUUGGGUGGUGA